AAUGAGCGCUGUGAAAAUCACAAUUUACUAAUAAAGAAGAAAGAGAAAUAUCUUCAAUUUAACAUUUCUCGGUUUAGCGGCAGAGACAUUUAACUCUCAUGUUAUACUAAGUACAUUUGAGAAACAUCUGAGACAGUUUCUGACUGCACCACUUAUUUAUUCUUUGAAAAAUAAGUGAAUAUUGAGUUGGUCUGUCUGUGUUGGAUUUUUUUAGAGCGGCAAAAGUCGUGACGUCGAGAAAGAACGAAGUGCUGAAGUCAGCAUUCAUAUUCAGCCGAAGGGGAAAAUCACUAAAAAGCUGGCAAAAUGACCCUUCAGUUCAACGAUUCAAAGGCGCCUAUGCGCGAAGUGAAGAGAGUGCAGUUUGGCAUUUUGGGUCCUGAAGAAGUUAAACGAAUGUCAGUGACGGAAGGUGGCAUCAAAUACCCAGAGACCAUGGAGGCAGGCAAGCCUAAGCUAAAUGGUUUGAUGGACCCCAGGCAGGGAGCUGUCGACAGAAGUGCUCGAUGUCAGACCUGUGCCUGUAAUCAGACGGAGUGCCCAGGACAUUUUGGACACAUCGAGUUGGCUAAACCGGUGUUCCAUGCAUCUUUCAUGACAAAGAUUAUAAGAACUCUUCGAUGUUGCUGCUUCUUUUGCUCUAAGCUAUUAGUAGACCCGGAGCAUCCAAAGUUAAAAGAGGUCAUCAGAAAGUCUAAAGGUCAGCCUCGGAAACGUAUGACCCAUGUCUAUGACCUUUGCAAAGGCAAGAAACUGUGUGAAGGCGGCGAUGAGAUGGACAACCAAUUUGAUGCCACCUUGGCUGAGAGAGAUGGGGAAGAGAAUAUGGAACCAAAACCAAAGGGUCAUGGUGGUUGUGGACGGUACCAACCAAAGAUCCGCCGUACAGGAAUUGAUUUGGUUGCUGAAUGGAAACAUGUCAACGAAGAUUCACAGGAGCGGAAGAUUAACCUUACUGCAGAGCGUGUUCAUGAGAUCUUCAAGCGCAUCAGUGAUGAAGAAGCUGAAAUCCUUGGGUUUUCCCCGCAGUUUGCUCGUCCAGAUUGGAUGGUCAUUACUGUUUUACCGGUUCCACCUCUGUGUGUGCGUCCAGCUGUAGUUAUGUUUGGUUCUGCUAGAAAUCAGGAUGAUUUGACUCACAAGCUGGCUGACAUCAUCAAGAUUAAUAACGAGUUGAAACGUAAUGAACAGAAUGGUGCUGCGGCACACAUCAUCGCAGAAAAUGCAAAAAUGUUGCAAUUCCAUGUCACGACUCUAUCGGAUAAUGAGUUACCCGGCCUACCACGUGCAAUGCAAAAAUCUGGACGACCACUCAAAUCUAUCAAGCAAAGAUUAAAAAGUAAAGAAGGUCGUAUCCGUGGAAACCUUAUGGGUAAGCGUGUAGAUUUUUCUGCACGUACCGUCAUUACACCUGAUCCAAAUCUUCACAUUGAUCAAGUCGGUGUUCCACGUACAAUUGCGCAAACAAUGACGUAUCCAGAGAUUGUCACACCAUUUAACAUUGACAAACUGCAAGAGCUUGUAAGGCGAGGUGACAAUCAAUACCCAGGUGCCAAGUACAUCAUUCGUGACAAUGGUGAAAGAAUUGACCUGCGCUAUCACCCUAAACCCAGUGAUCUUCACUUACAAUGUGGAUACAAGGUUGAGAGGCAUAUGGUGACUGGUGAUUUGGUUGUGUUCAACCGUCAGCCUACUCUUCACAAAAUGUCCAUGAUGGGGCAUCGUGUCAAGGUACUUCCCUGGUCUACAUUCAGACUUAAUCUCAGUGUGACAACGCCAUACAAUGCAGAUUUUGAUGGAGAUGAGAUGAAUUUGCAUUUGCCACAGUCACUAGACACAAAAGCAGAGAUCAGUGAGAUUAUGAGAGUACCUCGACUGAUCGUCACACCUCAGUCCAACAAACCUGUUAUGGGUAUUGUACAGGAUUCACUAGCUGCUGUCAGGAAGUUCACAAAGAGAGAUGUCUUCCUUACAAAGGAACAAGUAAUGAAUUUAUUGAUGUGGCUGCCAACCUGGAAUGGAAAAAUGCCACAGCCUGCAAUAUUAAAACCAAAACACCUGUGGACAGGUAAACAGAUGAUGUCGCUCAUUAUUCCCAACGGAAUCAACUUGAUUCGUACCCACAGCACACAUCCCGAUGACGAGGACAAAGGACCAUACAAAUGGCUCUCUCCAGGAGACACAAAGGUCCUCAUUGAGAAUGGUGAGCUAAUCUCCGGUAUCAUCUGCAAGAAGACCCUCGGAACGUCAUCUGGAUCUCUGGUUCAUGUGUCAUUCAUGGAGCGAGGGCAUGAAGAGUCAAAGCUCUUGUACGGCUACAUCCAAACUGUAGUCAACAACUGGUUGCUCCUGGAGGGUCACUCCAUCGGCAUUGGUGAUUGUAUUGCUGAUUCCAAGACCUAUGAGGACAUCCAGAACACCAUUAAGAAAGCCAAGCGUGAUGUCAUCGAUGUCAUUGAGAAGGCGCAUAAUGAUGAUCUGGAGCCAACACCUGGUAACACUCUACGACAGACAUUUGAAAACCAGGUGAACAGAAUUCUGAAUGAUGCUCGUGACAAGACUGGCGGCUCAGCCCAGAAGAGUUUAUCAGAGUUCAACAACUUCAAAGUGAUGGUGGUGGCUGGGUCAAAAGGAUCAAAGAUUAACAUCUCCCAGGUCAUUGCAUGUGUGGGUCAACAGAACGUUGAAGGUAAACGAAUCCCGUUUGGGUUCCGACACAGGACACUGCCACAUUUCAUCAAGGAUGAUUACGGUCCAGAGAGUCGUGGCUUUGUGGAGAACUCGUACCUCGCUGGGCUGACGCCAUCGGAGAUGUUCUUUCACGCUAUGGGAGGACGUGAGGGUCUGAUUGAUACAGCUGUGAAGACUGCUGAGACAGGUUAUAUCCAGCGUCGUUUAAUCAAAGCUAUGGAGAGCGUGAUGAUCAGAUAUGAUGGAACCGUACGCAACAGCAAUGACUACCUCGUGCAGUUGAGGUAUGGCGAAGAUGGCCUAGACGGUGGCUCUGUUGAGUUCCAGCAGUUGGCGACGUUAAAACCUUCCCACAAGGCUUUUGAGAAAGGAUACAAGUUCGACUAUACAAAUGAGAAGCUACUCCGCAAAAACCUUAAUGAAGACAUAGUUCGGGACAUUCUUGGAAACAAUCACGCCCAUCUUGAAUUGGACAAAGAGUGGGAGCAACUCCUGGAAGAUAGGACAAUCUUAAGGGAAGUUUUCCCAUCUGGAGAAAGCAAGGUUGCAUUGCCAUGCAAUUUACAGCGUAUGAUCUGGAACGCAAAGAAAAUCUUCCGUAUCGAUUCAAGAAAGACUUCAGAUCUUCAUCCAUUGAUCGUUAUCGAGGGUAUCCGCAAAUUGUGCAAACAGCUUGUGAUUGUCAAAGGCGAAGACUCCAUCAGUAAGCAGGCACAGCAAAACGCCACCAUCCUGUUCAGCAGUUUACUUCGUUCCACAUUCAGCAGCCAGAAAGUAAUGCAAGAGCACCACCUGUCAUCCGAAGCAUUUGAUUGGCUGCUUGGUGAAAUUGAGACUCGGUUCAACCAUGCACAUGGUCUUCCUGGAGAAAUGUGUGGAGCGCUCGCAGCCCAGUCGCUUGGCGAACCUGCCACUCAGAUGACAUUGAACACUUUCCAUUAUGCUGGUGUGUCCGCUAAGAACGUCACGCUUGGUGUGCCCCGUCUUAAAGAGAUCAUCAACAUCUCAAAAAAACCAAAGACGCCCUCGCUCACUGUGUUUCUUACAGGAGCUGCGGCAAGAGAUGCAGAGAAAACCAAGGAUAUUCUCUGUCGUCUUGAACACACAACUCUUCGGAAAGUCACUUCAAAUACAGCAAUCUACUAUGACCCUGAGCCACAGAAUACAGUGAUCGAGGAGGACCAGGACUGGGUCAACCUUUACUACGAGAUGCCUGAUUUUGAUCCAUCUCGCAUUUCACCGUGGUUACUACGUAUUGAGCUGAACCGUAAACGUAUGACCGAUAAGAAGCUGUCCAUGGAACAAAUCGCGGAGAAAAUCAACGCCGGAUUUGGCGAUGAUCUGAAUUGUAUUUUCAACGACGACAAUGCUGAGAAGUUAGUUCUUCGAAUUAGGAUAAUGAACAGUGAUGAGAAUAAAUACAACGAUGAGGAAGAACAAGUAGACAAGAUGGAUGACGAUGUCUUUUUGAGAUGUAUCGAGUCAAAUAUGUUAACAGACAUGACGCUACAGGGAAUAGAACAGAUUGCCAAGGUGUACAUGCAUCUCCCACAAAUGGACAACAAGAAAAGAAUUAUCAUCACCGAAGAAGGUGAAUUUAAAGCAAUACAGGAGUGGAUCCUGGAAACAGAUGGUACCAGUUUGAUGCAGGUACUAAGUGACAAGGAUGUCGAUCCGGUACGCACAACGUCCAAUGACAUCUGUGAGAUUUUCCAGGUGCUUGGUAUUGAAGCUGUACGUAAAGCUGUGGAAAAAGAAAUGAACCACGUGAUCUCGUUUGAUGGAUCAUAUGUAAACUAUCGUCACUUGGCAUUACUCUGUGAUGUGAUGACCCAGAGAGGUCAUCUUAUGGCUAUCACUCGUCAUGGCGUCAACCGACAGGAAGUUGGUGCCCUCAUGAGGUGUUCAUUUGAAGAAACGGUUGAUAUUUUGGUUGAAGCGGCAGCGCAUGCUGAAAUUGACUUUGUGAAAGGGGUCAGUGAAAACAUCAUGCUAGGCAAGCUAGCCAGUGCUGGCACAGGCUGCUUCGAUCUGCUUUUAGAUGCUGAGAAGUGUAAAUAUGGAAUGGAAAUACCUAUACAUACAAUGGGUCCAGGAAUGAUGCCCGGUAUGCCCGGCAUGUUCCUUGGUGGCGGACACUCCCCCAGCAGUAGUAUGUCACCCCAGAUGACACCAUGGGGGUCUGGGAAUACACCCGCGUAUGGAGCUUGGUCACCAGCUGUUGGAAGCGGCAUGACCCCAGGAGGACCAGGAUUUAGUCCAUCUGCAGCUUCGGAUGCCAGUGGUAUCAGCCCGGCAUAUAGCCCAGGCUGGUCACCACAGCCGCAGUCACCAGGCUCCCCCAUGGCUAGCCCCUACAUCCCAUCUCCCGGCAGAAUAUUAUCUCCUGGCUAUUCUCCAUCGUCACCUGCUUACCUACCAGACUCACCCGGUGGCGUAACACCUCAGAGUCCAGGAUACUCACCAACCUCACCGUCGUACUCGCCUACCAGCCCGAGUUAUUCGCCGCCGAGCCCAACCUACUCGCCAACAAGCCCGAGUUACUCACCAACCAGUCCUAGUUAUAGUCCAACUAGCCCAAGCUAUAGCCCAACUAGCCCCAGUUACUCACCAACUAGUCCAAGUUAUUCUCCAACUUCGCCAAGUUACUCACCCACUAGUCCAAGUUACAGCCCAACUUCUCCAAGCUACUCGCCGACUAGUCCCUCUUAUAGCCCAACAUCUCCGAGUUAUUCGCCUACAUCUCCAAGCUAUAGCCCAACCUCCCCAAGUUAUAGUCCUACUUCACCCAGCUACUCCCCAACAAGUCCAAGUUAUAGUCCAACGAGCCCGAGUUAUAGCCCAACAAGCCCAAGUUAUUCACCCUCAUCUCCAAAGUACUCGCCUACAUCUCCAAGCUACUCGCCGACGAGCCCGAGCUACGGACCGUCUUCACCAAGUUACAGUCCAACCUCACCCAGUUACAGCCCUUCUUCACCAAGUUACUCGCCGACGAGCCCAAGCUACAGUCCGAGUUCUCCAAGUUACUCGCCAAAGAGCCCCAAUUACUCGCCCACUAGUCCAUCAUACAGCCCAACAUCACCUAGCUACAGUCCAAGCUCACCCAAGUAUACACCGACAUCUCCUAAUUACAGUCCGACUAGUCCAUCUUACUCGCCGACUAGCCCAAGUUAUUCACCCGCAAGCCAGCAAUAUUCACCGACGAGCCCCAAGUACUCGCCAACAAGCCCUAGCUACUCACCUACUAGUCCGAAAUACAGCCCGACUUCGCCUAGUUACUCACCAACGAGUCCAAAGUACAGUCCGAGCUCCCCAACAUAUUCACCCACAAGUCCGAAAGAUUCAACAUACUCUCCUACAUCAUCGCAGACCUACUCCCCUUCGUCGCCUUCCUACAGUCCUGACGACGAAUAAGUUACCAAGAGUUGCAUAGAAGACUGAAAAUGCUCACAUAAAAUGUGAAAAUGAUGUACAUAUUAUCCAUGGCAACUGAAAAAAAUAUUGUUAUGAGAAGUUUAGGAUCAUGAAUGAAUUGAAAUUGUAUUUGUUCUCAUGUUAAUCUACUCUGUAAUGUAAUGAUUGUUGACUUGUAUAACUAAAAGUGCCUUGUGUAGCUAUUUAUACAGAAAUAACAUUAAAAAUGUGAUUUGAAAAUUUUUAAAGAAUGAUGUAUUGCAUAAUACAGUUAAAGUGAGGAAAUUCAGGGGUAUGCAUAUUUUGUGCCCAGUAGGGCAUAUCAUUCUAGAUUUCAUUUGUACUUUAAAUGGACUAAAUCAUAUGCUUGUUUUAAGAAAGUAUAAUGCAUACUCCAAGUAUUGAAAUACACGCCAUCGUGUUGGGAUUCAAUAUUUCGACAUUAAUUAUGUC